AUGCAGUUCCUCGAUCUUUGCCUUAUUUUCAGUGCCAUCGUUUUGGCUGCCGGCUCACCGAUCUUGGAGUAUGGAGUUCCUCCACAGACUUCAGAUACUAUUAGUCAGUAUCACACCCAGGAUGAGCAUGGUCAGUACUCCUAUGGCUACAUGGCACCCCUCUACUCCAAGCACGAAACCCGCACCGUGGAUGGAGUGAUCCGGGGAACCUUCUCCUACGUUGAUGCCCAUGGCGAAACCCAGACGGUGGACUAUGUGGCCGAUGCCGAGGGUUUCCAUGUGACCUCCACUCUGCCCAAUCAGCACGCCAAUCAGGAGACUCCGGAGGUGGCCGCCCUGCGUGCCCAGCAUCUGGAAGCCCACAACCAGGCCAAGUUGAGGUUGGCAGGGGAUUCCUCCGUUGGUCCACAACCCGUUCAGGAUACUCCCGAGGUGGCUGCCGCCAAAGUUGCAUUCUUCAAGCGUUUCGAAGCCGAGAAGCUGCGCAAUCAAUUGCUGGCCGAUAAGAAGGUCGUGGUGAUUGCUCCUCCAUCGCCAAUCGCCGUGCGUUCCCAACCCGUGUAUGUCUAUCAGCCCACCACAGGAUUCGUCUACAACUACCACACCAAGAGCCAGGCUAAAGUUCCCUCCAGGAACUACCUGCCAGUGGCCUAA